GUGAACAGUGAACAGUGGUGCGUUUAAUGAAUUUUUCAAUAACCCAAAAUUGCCCUCCUUUCCUCUCGCCUUCAGCACACUCUCGCAAUACGUGAACCAGAAAACCAGCGAUCUCUCUCGUUCUCCAGGUUUCUCUGGCUCGGCAUCCUUCCUUUGGUAAAGGAUAAUUUCUUAUAAAGCUCUGCGCUGCUUCUGAUCUGUGAACUGUGCUUCUGAUUUGUCAUGCGCCGUUCCCUCGUCUCUUGCGAUUCAGCACACCCCUCUACGACGCCGUUUCAUCGUCUUCUUCAAGAAUUCUCCUGCAAACUUGGUUUGGUAGUUGUCUAACAGAUCACCAUUAUAGUGAGGAUUACACUUUUGUCAAAUGUGUCUAUUAUGCUGUGUGUCUUCUUUUUUGACCGCUUGUACUGGAGAUUUAUAUCAUACAAUGCGAACUUAUGCUUGAAGAAAAUUUAUUGUUUUUACUUGUUGAUAUUUGUAUGUUCCUGCCCUACAGUUGAAAACAUUGAAAGUUAUGCUCUGUGUUCCUGCCCUAUUUUCUAUGAAUUUUUCUGAACUCUACAUCUGUUAAAAAUUGAAAAUUCCGUCAACUAGCAACUGGGUUAUCAAGUCUACAUCUGCCCUAUUUUCUAUGAAUUUUUCUGAACUCUACAUCUGUCAGAAUUUGUUCUUCGGUUGAUUGCGUGCUAUUUUGUACUCUGAAAUGUUCGGAAUUUCGCGUUUCGGCAAUCAAAGCUCGGCCCUCACCAAUGAAUUAAUUCCAAUUUUCUCAUGCUUUCUCAUCAAAUUUGAAAAAUGCAUGCAAAAUCUCAAAUAUAGAUCAUUGGUUCCUAGUUCCUAAGCAUUCAUAUGGGUUUGCACGUUAAAAUUUUAGGAAGCGUGGGACGUUCUUUGCUUACUGGAUUGCGCUUUUGGUGUUUACUAUUGGCAGAUGUUGUUUUUAUUUGCUUACUGGAUUGCGCUUUUGGUGUUUACUAUUUAUGUCCCAAUGUUUACACAACUUAGCUUACGCUGUGUGAUGUUUAAGUAGCGGUUUUCUGACAUGGGUUAUGUCUUAAACUUAUUGAAUUAGAUAUUUGGAAGGCAAAGAGCAUACACGGUGUUAGAUUGGGCAUGCAUUUGUCAAGAUGCUCCUAAGACAACAAGUUGCAGGGAUACGACGUGGCUUUCAUUUGAACAUUUACACAUUUUCCAAAAGGUUUUCAUCCUUGUCAAAUGAGCCUCUGUCUGAAGAGAAAGUUGUAUCUUUGAUUGAUGUGAGACAAGUAGUUGAUGAUGUGUGCCGAGUCUUGGAGUGUGGUCCUUGGGGACCCACUCUUGAGAAUGCUCUAUCGGCGCUUGACAAAACACCUCAAUCAGAAUCAGUUAUUGGAGUUUUAAGGAGGUUGAAAGAUGUCAGUUUAGCACUUAAUUAUUUUCGGUGGUGUGAGAAACAAACUGACCAAGCACACUGUCCCGAAGCAUACAAUUCACUUCUCAUGGUCAUGGCCAGGAGUAGAAAUCUUAAUUAUUUGGAACAGGUCCUGGAAGAAAUGAGUGUAGCAGGAAUUGGCCCAUUUAAUACCACAUGUAUUGAGUUAGUUGUGAGCUGUAUGAGGUCACAGAAGCUGAAAGAUGGUUUCAAUCUACUGCAAACAAUGAGGAAAUUCAAAUUCCGCCCAGCAUUUUCAGCCUAUACAACUCUUAUUGGGGCUUUGUCUACAGUUCCUGAAUCUGAUCUCAUGUUGACUCUCUUUCAUCAAAUGCAGGAGCUAGGUUAUGAAGUUACUGUGCAUUUAUUUACAACCAUUAUUCGUGUAUUUGCCAAGGAAGGACGAGUUGAUGCUGCCCUCUCCUUGUUGGAUGAGAUGAAGAGCAACUCUUUUAGUGCAGAUGUUGUCCUUUAUAAUGUCUGUAUAGAUUGCUUUGGCAAGGUCGGUAAGGUGGAUAUGGCCUGGAAAUUCUUUCAUGAAAUGAGAAUGCAUGGCUUGGUGCCUGAUGAUGUGACAUAUACUAGCAUGAUAGGAGUUCUCUGCCAAGCUGCGAGACUAGACGAAGCAGUGGAGCUAUUUGAGGAGAUGGACAGACAUAGGAAAGUACCUUGUGUGUAUGCGUAUAACACCAUGAUCAUGGGCUAUGGCUCUGCUGGAAGGUUUGAGGAAGCAUACAGCUUGUUUGAGAGGCAAAGAAGAAGGGGGUGCAUUCCGAGUGUGAUUGCAUAUAACUGUGUUCUCACCUGCCUAGGGAAGAAGAGACGAGCAGUAGAAGCAUUAAGGGUUUUUGAUGAGAUGAAGAAAGAUGCAGCUCCCAAUCUUCCAACUUAUAACAUUCUAAUAGACAUGCUUUGUAAGGCUGGUAACCUCAAGGAUGCUCUGCAGGUUCGGGAUGCCAUGAAAGAAGCUGGCUUAUAUCCUAAUGUUAUGACUGUAAACAUAAUGAUUGAUCGACUCUGUAAAGCUCAAAAACUUGAUGAUGCUUGUUCUAUAUUUGAAGGAAUGGAUCACAAAGUCUGCACACCAGAUGCAGUUACAUUUUGUUCUCUUAUAGAUGGCUUGGGAAAACAAGGAAGAGUAGAUGAUGCCUAUAGGCUUUAUGAAAAGAUGCUGGACGCUGAUCAGACUCCAAAUGCCAUUGUAUACACAUCCCUCAUCAGGAACUUCUUCAAAUGUGGCAGGAAGGAGGAUGGUCACAAAAUAUAUAAAGAAAUGCAGCGUAGGGGCUGUUCUCCUGAUCUCAUGCUUCUUAAUACCUAUAUGGAUUGUGUUUUAAAGGCCGGUGAAAUUGAAAAAGGUAGAUCUUUGUUUGAGGAGAUUAAGACUCAAGGAUUCAUUCCGGAUGUGCGGAGUUAUUCAAUCUUAAUUCAUGGCCUUGUAAAAGCAGGCUUUGCACAUCAAACAUAUGAAUUAUACUAUGCGAUGAAAGAUCAAGGCUGUGUAUUGGACACCCGUGCUUACAACGCCAUCAUUGAUGGAUUCUGCAAAAGUGGAAAGGUGAAUAAAGCAUACCAGCUUCUGGAGGAAAUGAAAACUAAGGGUCACCAACCCACCGUCGUUACUUAUGGUUCUGUCAUUGAUGGUCUUGCCAAGAUUGACAGGCUUGAUGAAGCAUACAUGCUUUUUGAAGAAGCUAAGUCAAAAGGAGUAGAACUGAAUGUAAUCAUUUAUAGUAGCCUUGUUGAUGGGUUUGGGAAGGUAGGUAGAAUAGAUGAAGCAUAUCUAAUCAUGGAAGAGUUGAUGCAGAAAGGUUUGUCACCUAACGUUUACACAUAUAAUAGCUUGCUUGAUGGACUUGUGAAAGCUGGUGAAAUUGAUGAAGCAAUUGUCUGCUUUCAAUCGAUGAAAGAUAUGAAAUGUACACCCAACCAUGUAACGUAUAGCAUUCUCAUAAAUGGUCUUUGUAGGGUUAGAAAAUUCAAUAAGGCUUUUGUAUACUGGCAAGAGAUGAAGAAACAAGGGUUAAACCCUAAUACAAUCACCUACACUACCAUGAUCUCUGGACUUACAAGGGCUGGGAACAUAAGGGAUGCUAGUGGGCUUUUUGAGAAGUUUAAGGCCAGUGGUGGCAUUCCCGAUUCUGCUUGUUAUAAUGCUAUGAUAGAAGGGUUGAGCAAUGCAGAAAGGGCAAUGGACGCGUAUACACUUUUUGAGGAAACUCGGCGGAAAGGUUGUAAUAUUCAUUCCAAGACAUGUGUUGUUCUGUUGGAUGCCUUGCACAAGGCUGAAUGCCUUGAGCAGGCAGGAAUUGUUGGUGCUGUUCUUCGAGAAACUGCAAAGUCUCAGCAUGCAUCAAGAUCAUGGUAAAAUCGUGUGUCAUGCAAUUUACUGGAGGGAUUUAGAUGUGUCGUACUCAAUGAGUGGUGACACACAACUGACACAAGGUGCCUUCUCAUCCAUUCACGCUGAUGGAGCAAAUAUUGGGCAACAAGAGAUUUUUUUUCCUGAAGGGUCUUCGUCCCAUCAAUUUCUUAACAGGAUUGAAGGCACUCUGUGGAGGUAAUAGCUUCAUGACUUCAAAUGGAGUUACUGAAAUUCUGUACAUGUAUCUGCAAAAAGAGUCAUGACUUUAGGGAGCAUGCCAACAUGUUAUUCCUCUGAUUCACAUUUGAUAAAAUGUUUUGAUGAAUUGAAUGUUCGGGUUGUAACUUUUAAAAUAUUGGAUUCUACUGUGUUGUA